CUUCUUAAGUGUAAAUUGCUCGUUCGCUUCUGCUCGAGAAAAUUUCGUGAAACACCAAAACCUAAACCAACAAAAAUGAAAUUCUUUUUGCUAUUGGCUUUGGCCCUUGUGGGCAUUGCUGCUGGAGCUCAGCUGCCUGACUCCGCCACCCAGGGACCCAAUCCUCAGGAUAUUGCCACUCCGGAGCCGGAGUACAUUGAUAUCGACGAACCUGCACCAGUGGCUGCCGCCCCUGCUCCUCGUCCUGUGGCCGCUGCUCCCCGUCCCGUCUUCGCCGCCCCCGCUCCCCUCGCUCGACCAGUUGCUCGUCCAGUGGCUCGCCCCGUGGUUGUGGCCCAAUCCUUCGUCCAGCAGCCCGUCCAGCAGCAGAUUGUCCAGAGGGCUCAAUACGUGGCGCCGGUGGCUCAGCAGGUGGUGUUGCCGCAGCAGCAGCUGGUGGGUCACACCUACAACAGCAGGGCUGGAUACCAGUACCGCCGUCCAGUCUAUCAUUAACAAUUACCUAAAUCAACACACACAUUACCACGCACUGAUCCACACUACCAAACUGUCCAACUAUCAAAAUAUCGUAUUAUAACUAUCCUAAUCCUAGAACGAAACCAUCAAAGAAACGACCAACAAGAACAAGCCAAGAUCAAAAGCAUAAAGAGCGAAGUACAAAGAGACAAAUGAUGUUCUAAAGACAAAGAUCGAAAAACGAAGUAUUCAGUUAUUGUUGAAUUGCCCAGUAAAGUACGAAUAAAUAAACGUA